AAAGUAAGGUAGGGUAUAUGUGUAUACAGAAUAUAAAUAUAUAGAAUAUAUAUAAGAAAUGUAAGAUAUGUAAAUCUGUAAAUCUGUAUUAUACAGAACUACAUAAAGUGUAUAGUGUGCAAUCAUGUGCAAGGUGCAGACAGCAGCAGUACGGGGUGGACAUUCAGUGAAAUAAGGUGAUGAGAUGAUGAGAAGCAGUGGUAUUGUCCAUCUUAAAGUGGUGAUGUGCACAAGUCCUCUUUGUGUAUAAAUGGGACCAGAAUAUCCCAUAUAUGUGCCAUAUAUGUUUAUGUUUUAUGUUUUGUGUAUUGUGUGUCAUGGUCCUGUGAUGUGCAAAUGUGCAAGUGUAUGUUACGGUUUGGUGUUUUCCAACACGUGUGUAGGAAGCAUAGCAAGUCCAAUCAGUUGAGUCCUAUGUGGAGUUCUGGUUGAGAGACCGUUUAGCCUGCACGAAGAAGCUUCUCCUCAGUCUCUCUGUGUUGGCCUUCAGGGAGCGGAAGUGCUUCCCUGACCUCAACUGGGAGAAAAGUCCAUUGUUGGGGUGACUGAUGUCCUUCAUGAUCUUCCUGGCCUUGGUCCAGCACCGCUUGUUGUAGAUUGAGUGCAGGUCAGGGAGCUUGGUACGGAUGAUGCGCUCAGCUGAUCGCACCACCCUCUGAAGAGUUCGUCUGUCCUGCAUGGUGCUGUUCCUGAACCAGGUUGUGAUGUUUCCCGUCAGGAUGCUUUCAAUGGUGCAGGAGUAAAAGUUCCUAAGCACCUUAGUGGGCAGUCUAAAGUCUCUCAAGUGUCUGAGGUGGAAGAGACGCUGCCAGGCCUUCUUCACCACGGUGCCAGGAUCCACAUGUGACAGGACCAUGACAGGUCCUGCGUGAUGUGAACACAGAGGUAUCUGAAGCUGUCCACUCUCUCCACUGGGCUCUCGUUGAUCACAGGGAUCUGGUAGUUCCUCUCCUGCUUUCUGCUGAAGUCCACUAUCAGCUCCAUAGUCUUGCUGAUGUUAAGGUGGAGGUUGUUCCUCUGGCACCAGUUCUCCAGAGUCCUAAUCUCCUCCAGGUAGGCCGUCUCAUUGUUGUCGGAGAUCAAUCCAACCGCAACGGUGUCGGCAGCAAACUUGAUGAUGUUGGUGGAGUUGGUAGUGGCCAUGCAGUCAUAUGUGUACAAUGAGUACAACAGGGGGCUCAGAACACAACCCUGGGGGGGUCCAGUGCUGAGUGAGUGUGAGUGAGGCUGAGACAUGUCUGCCCAUCCUUUCUGCCUGUGGUCUGCCAGUUAGGAAAUUGGAGAUCCACUGACACAGAGAUGGGCUGAGUCCCAGGUGCUCCAGCUUGGUGGUGAGUGUGGAGGGGAUUAUAGUGUUAAACGCUGAACUGUAGUCAACAAACAGCAUUCUAACAUAAUUCCCCUUUCUAGUGUCCAGGUGAGUGAUGUGUGAAGGAGGUGGGAAAUGGCAUCAUCGGUUGAGCGGUUUGGGCAGUAGGCAACCUGUAGUGGAUCCAAUGUGCCUGGUAGUAAAGUGAUGAUGAAGUCUCUGACCAGCCUCUCAAAGCACUUCAUCACUACUGGGGUCAGAGCUACAGGGCGAUAGUCAUUGAGGGAAGCAGGAUGGGGUUUCUUCGGGACAGGAACAAUGAUGGACUCUUUGAAGCAUGUGGGGAUUGCCGAUUGAGUUAUAAUAUUUUCUCUGGUAUAUUGUUUAUUUUGAUGUCUAAGCUAACUUCUUGUAUUAAUAUUGUAUAUAUGUAUUGUAUUGAUCAAACCAACAUGGGUGAACAAUGUGAUGGCAUAAACCAAGGCAGCUAACACUAAUAUUUUACGAUCUACUGGCUCCAGUUUUCACAAUAUGGUGACUCCCAAAUGAGGCUUUGAAACUGAACAAUGCGAGUAAAUGAGGCCAUCUUGUCCCCUCAUACAGUCACUGGGUCUAGUCAGUGUGCCACUAUUAACUAUAACUUGUGCUAUUUUAGAUAUCAUAGAAAAGUUGGGCUACCAUGUUAAAUAGAUAUUAAGUUAUUAAAGAAUAUUACCCAAAUGAAACAUGUACAUCUCUAUGGUCAGUGAGAGUGUUAAAAAUAUAUGUCCUGUGUGAAAAUAUUUUCUUAACAUUGCAGAAAGAUGAUUUAUAUGAUGUAUAAGAUGACUUAUAGCCUAAUUUAAACCAACAUACAGUUGUGCUCAAAAGAUUGUAUACCUUGGGAGAAUUUGCAAGAUGUGUACCAUUUUUUAAAGAAGACAUGAGUGAGAAGUUAAAACAAAUUUAUCUUAUUUCUCAUAGGACUCAAGUUCAUAUGUAAGGCUUAACAGAAUGGCACAACCAUCAAACAAAACAUGGCAAUAAAAAAAGAGGAAAUAAUCCCUGUUUAAAAGUUUGCAUACUUUUAGUUCUUAAUAUUGUGUAUUGCUCCCUUUAGCAUCAAUCAUGGCAUGCAGUCUUUUGUAAUCAUUGUGCUUAGUUCUUUCAGGUGGAAUAGCUGCCCAUCCUUUUUGGCAAAAUGCCUCCAGUUCCUGUAAAACAUUUUUGGUUGACUUGCACAAACUGCACGUUUGAGAUCUCCCCAAAGUGGCUCAAUAAUAUUGAGACAGGUAACAUGGCUGAGAAACCUAAGGAUCACCAUGACCAAUCUCAGAUGCAUCAGUCAAAGUCAAAUAAUACUGCAGGAAAAGACACACAGCCCAGUGAAAAUACAGCAGAACAAACAAAGCCAGAGCAUGUAUUGCCAGGGAACAAGUACUUCAUUCUUCAAACUGGAGUAACUUUGAACUGUCAUGUGAACUUCAUAGUUCUGCUUAAACAGAAAAUACGCUCGUUGCAGAAGGUGAAUACGGUGGAUGAGUGUGAUUUCAUUCUGGCUUUCUGCCCUGUUGCUACACGAGCUGGAACUGACAUUGAAGGAGCAGAGAAAAAGCUUCAUGCUACUUCAGCCACAAAACCUGCUGUUCUGGUGGUGCUCCAUCGCACAUUUGAUCCAGAGUGUGUUGUACCAAACAGCUGUAGCAUUGUUAAAAGAGCAAAUACAAUAACAGUUGACUGUCUGUUCCAUGAAGAUCAGGGAUUACUGCAAUGCCGGAAAAAUUCUGAUGCAAUUGAACAUGUUCACAAGCAGAUAAAACCAAAGGUACAGAUAUUAUCCUUGGCCUUUGGAGCAAAUUUUAACAGAAAACUUGAAGAACCAUUUAGCACACAAAAACUAAGUGGAAACCAGAAACCUCAGAACCCACCUGAAUAUUCAGAAGCUGUUGAUAAAACAUUACAGGAAAAUAAAGAACUGGAAGAUUUUAAAAAGGAAAUAGCUGAAAUGAAAUUACCUAAAAAUAAUGAAUUAAUUAUUGCAACAGAACUGAGAUUGAUGCUGCUGGGGGGAGAGGAAUCUGAAAAGACUGCAGCAAAAAACAUUAUCCUUGGCAGAGAGGAAAUGAACCAGGCUGCAGCAUCUACAACUACAGCGACCCAGCUAAUAGCCGGGACGAAGGUGUUGGUGGUGGACACUCCUGACUUGUUCUCUCCUAUUAAUUCUCUAGAGGAACUGAGCCACACUGUGGAAUCACAAGCCUUUCUCCUGGUCAUACCUGUAAAGUAUUCAGAAGAUAAAGUGCUCAGUGAAGAUGAAACACAAAAGACACUCAUGAAGUUGGAGGAGAUUUUUGGAACGAGAUGUUGGAGAAACACCAUGAUCCUUUUCACUGUUUCUGAUGAGCUUCAGAAGAAGAAGAUUGAGGGGUUUAUCCAAUCAGAAGACCAGGAGGUCCAGAGACUCCUAGAGAAAUGUGGGAACAGGUUUCACUGUCUCAACAUUAACGAGAGUGGAGAUGGUUCUCAAGUCUCAGAACUGCUGGAGAAGAUCGACAAAAUGGUGGAAGGAAAUAGAAAUGGAUCUCAGAUUAAUCGGAUUAUUAGAAAUAUGGAGAUGGAAAGACAUGCUAAAGAUGUCUGGAUUAGAAAAAUGCAAUCUCAAAUACAGAAAGUUCUAGGGAAGUAUGAGCAGAUUGAUAAGGAAUAUGAAAAUGACCUCAAAAAUCUAGACACAGAUGAAGCUUAUGACAAAAAACAACAAAGAUCUCUAAGAGAAAUUGUUAGCCACCUGAAAAAUCAAAAUAAGUUGAAAAAAGAGAUUGCUGAGCAAAUGAAGAUGAUAUAUGACAGAAUUACAGAGCAGGAACAAAACAAACAGUUUAUCAAGGCCAUUUUGUCAGAAAACCAGCAAACUAUAUGGCUUUCACUGCCAGAUGGACAGACCAAAACUCUUGAAAAAUACAAUGAGCUUCGCCAGCUAGAAGAAAAGUUCUUAGAAAUGUUGGGGAAACUCGCAGCAUGAUGAAUGUAACUGUUACCGGAAGGGGUCUGAUAGCAGAACAGAUAUCAGUAAUAUAUGCAGAAGGCAGCAUGAUGGCCCUGAAGGUAGCACUGAUGCCUCAUAGCCCCAGGUUCCUGAGUUCUUGAGUUACUUGCUGUGUGGAGUUUAACUUGUAACUUGUUUUAACUUGUAACUUUAACAAAUCUUAUAUCAAAACAUCAAAAUAUUUGUAAUAUUACUUGUAAUAUUGUAAAAUUCAAAUAAAAUACAGCCAAAAUGACUAAAGAAAACUUG